UGAUCACGCGGAUCCGUGGGGAGAAACAAACGGACAACAAUGAGACACACACACACUACUCUUCACUAUCAAACUAUUAUAUAUCUACCAGUCCUCUCCAGGCGAGAAGGAGUCAUACAAUCUGCUACUCAAUUCUGCACUACUAUCCUAUCCCAACUCGCUACUCGGUCUGCUUGGUCAGAUGCAUAAUAUUCUCAUUGCGCUCGCGUUAUCCUUCUCAAUUGGACCCGUUACUGCUUCAAUAGACUCUGAUACACACGUUGAACACGCUCCUUGGCGGAAAUCUGAGGAGAUUCCGAAUUCUAAUGGAAGGUUUACAAGGCAUACGUCCGCCCGUGCGAGGCAUCACAGCUCCUAUGCCGUCCAUUCUAUUUCAAGUGCACACCACACUCGUACUCACCUCAACAAUAUGGAUGAUCGUGAUGUCACUUCGUAUCUUGAAGAACCGCUUGACAUUGCAAAGGGAAGCGAAGUUUUUGGACGCGUUAAUCUCAUCAGUGAUGGGAGAAUUUUAGCACAUCUUUGUGAGGACUUGAGCGCGAACAACUCCGAAGUCACUAUCAAUAUGACGAACGCUGCCACAUUCAAGCUCACAUACUUGGACUUGCCUCAACUUUCCCAUAACCACAACCUUGCAUACUUGAUGUUCAGCGGCACAAGAACUCCAUCCUGUCUUACUCUUUCGUGGUCUAUUCCAAGAUUGACCCUCGAAGAUUGCCACUCUCGCGCUCAAAUGAAACGGGCUGCUGCUAGCAAUAAGACUCAGGUUUUCCGUGUGGAUCGCACUUCAAGUUACAUUGUUCCCGUGGCAUAUCGCACGUCUGACGACACAGCUUCAAAUAUAGAGGGCGCAGAACCCGCUGAGAUGGAUAGUCCAGAUGACCCCGUAGAGUCUGACACUUUUGACACCUCAAGGACAACCGCUGCUUUUGCGUCUGGUGCUUCUCCGAUUCAGACCUUUUCAUCUUCUGAUUCCACUCCUACACCACGCAGUCAAGAUGAAAACUUGAAGGCUGCCUCCUAUACUUCAACCACUACAUCGGAGCAUCAAUUAACUUCCACUCACUCCCAGUUCACGUGUUGCUCGCAAACGGGCUCGAAGAAGGAUUCCGGCUCAGACGGAUUCCCCUUAAUCCCGAACCACGAGGUCCUAGAUGUUUAUCCCUGGAGAUUUGACAAGUUGGGCGCGGAAUGAAUGGAUAAGGAGAAUCAACUUGCUCGUAGACAGUCGUGGUUAUAGUACUUCCGCUUAAAAUUAGAAUGAAUCGUGCGCUGCGAAUGCGAAC